UGAGUCCGCGGGGCCGGCGCUCUCAGCCAGUCGGUUCCCGAGCGCGUUCCCGGUGACCCCGCAGUGGGUGUUUAAGGGAGGACGGACAGACUGACCAGACGCCGCCCAGUGCCAGAAGAAGCUAGCUAGCACAAUGCGUGAGAUCGUGCACAUCCAGGCGGGCCAGUGCGGCAACCAGAUCGGCGCCAAGUUUUGGGAGGUCAUCAGUGAUGAGCAUGGAAUCGACCCCACUGGCAGUUACCAUGGAGACAGUGACUUGCAGCUGGAGAGAAUCAACGUGUACUACAAUGAAGCUGCUGGUAACAAAUACAUACCUCGGGCCAUCCUGGUGGAUCUGGAGCCGGGCACCAUGGACUCCGUCAGGUCUGGGCCAUUUGGCCAGAUCUUCAGGCCAGACAACUUCGUGUUCGGUAUGUAGUCAUGACAAUGGCAACCGGCUCAGUGACUUCCCUUCUCAACACUGAGGAAAUCAGAGUUCUUAGUGUUGGAUGCAAAGGUGGAGACUGUGUCCACAGAGAGCCCUGGGUCCUGGCCUAAUUCCACCUAAUCCUGGGGCGGCCCCCUUCUCUGGCCCCCCUCUGGGCAGCUCAAAGAACAGUUGUCAGCCUGUAGAGGGCUCCUACUCCUCCCUGCCCCGCCCCCCGCCACUACAGAGCAGCCUGUGACAGGUGAAGAAUACAGAGCAGGGACUAGCCUUCCAGCAGGAAUUGACAGGCUGCUGGUGACGUCAGAGGACCAGGGCCAGCAGGUAAGCACGUCAGAGAGCCCAAG